AUGGUAGCUAAACUUGGUGAAGGAGAAAAAGAGAAACAAAAUGUUUUAAAUGAAACCCGAAGUCUGAUAAGACUUCGGUCAGAACUCACAGAAUGUGUGCAAUAUUUGCAUCAAAAUAAUAUCAUUCACAGAGACCUCAAACCGGAUAAUGUGUUGAUUUCAAUGGACGGAAGCAUAAAGUUAUGUGACUUUAAUUUGGCUAAAGAGGCCCCAAAUUGUAAUCCGUUUCAUAUGUCUAAAGAUGUGGGAACUCAACAUUAUAUGGCACCGGAAUUUCUGUGA